UGUGUGUGUGUGUGUGUGUGAGGAUUGUUUACAUUUGCUGCAGCUCGUCAAAAAGGAGGAAAAACAAGAAAAAAAUGAAUCCUCCGAUGAUCAACUCGACCAGCUCCGUGUCUACAACAAAAAGGAAACGAGAGGCGGAGCGCUCCGUUAACUGGACGGUGGAGGAAACUCAGGUGCUGCUUUGCGCCUGGAGCGACGAGCGCGUCCAGAAGAGUUUGGCCGAAAACCUCCGAAACCGCCACGUCUUCAAACACCUCUCGGGCCGGAUGAGCGAAAUGGGUUUCUCUCGGAGUCCGCACCAGUGUCGACUCCGGGUCAAAACCCUGAAGGCUAACUACGUCAGAGCCAAACUACAGAGGAGCGUCGACAGCUCGCAGCCGUGCAGUUUUAAGUAUUUUACGGAGAUGGACGCUGUGUUGGGAAGGAGGUCAGCCAUGAUGGAAGGAGGACCUUAUUUCAUCUCUCCAGAAAGGCUUUCGGGGAUUCACCUCGACCCCAUGGACAGGACAGGGGGGGGAAUGCCUCCAGAUUUAAACUCUAACACAACAGAGCUCGGCGUUCACACCUUCGGCUCUUUGGGGAGGGCGGGGAGGAUGUGUCACUCGUGGCAGCUCGACCCUGAAGUCAAGCUGGAGAACAGAGAAGAUUCAACGGAUGAGUUUGAGUUCAAUGACGCAGGAUUCACACAUCAUCCCAGAGAGAGACACCAUGAGGUUUAUUUAGAGUCAUCCAUCCAUCCUGAGCCUCCUGGUUCACCAAUAGAAAACAGCCUGAGCACUCCUUCCCCACAUAUAGUAGUAGUCCCACCUCCACCUGUUCCUCCUCCUCCUCCUCUUCCUCAGCCUAGUGUCUCCCCUCUCCUUCCACCACCAGACCCAAGCCCCGUCCCCCUCCCCACCUCUGACCACCACCAACACCCCCCCGAGUCCUCCUGCCUGGAACCUGCCCUCAAACACCUGUCGGAGUGCUUCCAGCGGCUGGUGUCGGAGACCCGCGGCCUCCUGGUGCAGCUGGAGAGCCAGAGGCAGGAGCAGGCUCACUGGCACCGGGAGCUCCUGGCCGACUGGCUGCAGAGGGAGGAGCGGCGGCAGAGGGAGGCGGCCGAGAGGGAAGAGAGGAGGGAGACGGCUCGCAUGGAGCACGAGAUCAGGGUGCUGGAGCUCCUUACCGGUAUAGCUAGAGAGCAAGGGUGUAGAUGUGGAGGCAGCCAGACUGUAGUAGGGACACUGACUGGUCCAAAUCACACCAUUACAAAGCAGGAUGGACACUAGGACACACUUUGAAGGGUUUUGGCAGUAAUUAAUGCAAACUGUGGAACGGUGUUUAAGCUCAGGUGGAACAAAUGAAGCAAACGGCUGCAUUCAGGGAGGGCCUUUGAUUUCAGGUUUCCAGGCGGUGUGGAUUGCAGUGAGAUUUUAAUGACUCGAAUACAGGAAAAGACUUGAAAUCCAGGGAUUUAUAAGUACAAGAAGAUGAAUAUUAAUGUUUGACAGCCAUCAGUUUCUCAUUCUCAGAAAGCCUUGUGGAUGAAAAUCAGUCUGGAAUGAUGCAUAUUGUUAAUUUAUAAUAGAGAAACACAAUAUGAAUCGCACACUGAGCUAAACAAAUGCUUUCCUGUGACAAAUAUCACAUAGAUUUGUGCAGCAAAGUGUGUCGAAAUAUUGAGUUUUUUCUCUCAAAAUUGUAUCUUAACGUUCAGCUUUUUAUGUGGUUUGCAUAUUUUAAAGCUUCACCUCUUAACUUGUGUGAACAUAAGAGAAGGAAGUGUUGAAUAAAUGCACAAAAAAAAAAAAAAAAAGUUCAAUCAAACUUCAAAGCUACAAAGACCGGCCGAGACGUUGCCCGGUUAACAAGCUGCUUGAGUCAUCAUGGGAAUUUCCUUUAGACUCCCUUUUUUUGUCACUUGUAAUUACGCUUUGUGACCUUAAAUCAACCAAAUAUUAAAAAAAAAAAAGAGUAUGUUGCGACUCGGCUCCAGACCAAAGAAAACAAACAGUUGAGAUAUUCUCCAGAUAGAUGCAGAGGCUUUGGAUGGAAAAUAACUCCCCCAAUGAAAAAAUCCUUUUCAUUCUUCUUAAGAAAAACGCCUUUAAGGACAUUUCUCAAG